UGUUUGUGGCAGUAGCUUGUCUAAGAGGGGCUUGACCAACUGCGUUCAUCUAGAAGUCUUAUAAAUGCCCUUCUUUUAAAAAGUGCCAAUUUUUACCUGGGCAAAUAUUUGUAGAUUAAAGUUCAUUUGACUCCAGUGUCUUUUUUUACUGCUGCCAUUGAUUCAGCAGCUGAAGCGUUUACAGUGAGUUAUUAACUCGGCAAAUCUUAAUUAUCACAAUCCUACCGGAAGACGUAACAAACAACUUCAUAGCCAGAAAAACCAAUCAAUGUUAAUAGAUAGGCCAACAAGAAUGUAAACUUGAGUUGUAUAAGGGAAAUAAAUGUAAUACGUAAUAUAACGCAAUACCAGACUGGGAUAGACAGGUUCUUCGUAUUACUUUCGCUACAUCGGUGUUAAUUCAACCACUUUUUUCUCACUGUCGGUCUCAUGUUAUGCAUAAUUUUUAUUAACAUCGCCAUCGUAUUUCUGCAGUUUAGAUUUUUUAACCUUUUGCUAAUGCUGUCCUCAUUGUAGAAACAAUGCACGUCAGCAUUUCCUUAUUGUUGUCAGCUUCAAUUGACAAACUGAUGUCAAAUAUUUGUGACUGAGUUCAGCUUUCGUUUCUUAUUUGCAACUUCAGGUUCAUAAUGUUUUUAGUGAGAUUAGCAAUGAAUCGUUCUGCUAUAAUUGGUUGUCGAGGUUCUCUUCACACUUCGUCCGCCACAAGCUCACAAAAGCGGCGUACGUGGAUCAGUUAUUCAAUGUUGGUUUUCCCGGCUACCGCAUUUGCUUUAGGAUUUUGGCAGAUACGUAGACGAAAGUGGAAAAUUGAAUUAAUUGAUGCACUGAAUGCACGGAUUCCUGCUAAACCUAUUCAUCUGACUGACGAGAUUACUUCUAGCCUCCAGCUACCUGAAUUUACCCAUAUCUCUGUUGAAGGUCACUUUGAUCAUUCACGUGAAGUGAUAAUUGGACCACGGUCUUUUAUAGAAGAUAUGAUCCCUUCCAAUGGAUAUGGAGCAGAAUGGCUGUCGAGACGAAAAAACAAUUCAAUGCAGUCAUAUACAUCAAUUCCAUCUGCUUCAGGUUAUUUCGUUGUAACACCAUUUUUUCUUGAGAAUAGACCCGGAACCGCCAUACUAGUGAAUCGUGGAUGGGUCCCUUAUGGUGCACGUGAUCCCAUAAUAAGACCUAAUGGACAGGUAGAAGGUACCGUAAAAUUGUCAGGUUAUGUUCGAUAUCCAGAAAAGCCACCACUUCGAAUAUUUGGUGCAGACACUAGUUAUCUCAUGUGUCUAGAUCAAAAGAAUCAAAAUCCUCACAUUCGUUAUCCUUGCCGAUAUAUUGAAAAGAUGUGUGAAGAUUUGAAAACAUUACCGAUUUUUAUUGAUGCUGACUACGAAUCAACCUUCGUUGGUGGACCUGUUGGUGGACAAACUCGAGUUACACUACGCAAUGAACAUGCCUCAUAUAUCUUCACUUGGUUUUCAUUAGGUACAAUUGGUCUGGGAAUGUGGAUAUACUUCUUUCUCAUAUAUUUUCAUAGACCUAAAUGUGGCUACCAAUCGUGCAAUCUAGGGAAACCAGGAUAUCUGAAUGUUCAUUUAGUACCGCAUACACAUGAUGAUGUCGGCUGGCUGAAAACAGUAGAUCAAUAUUAUUAUGGUGCAAACAAUACAAUUCAACGUGCAGGUGUCCAGUACAUCUUAGACAGUGUUAUACAAGCUCUUAUCGACGAUCCAAAUAGAAAAUUUACAUAUGUUGAAAUGGCAUUUUUCAUUAGAUGGUGGACUGCACAGACUUUGACAAAACGUCAAAUAGUUAAAGAUCUAGUCCAAUCGGGUCGAUUGCAGUUUGCUCUAGGCGGUUGGAGUAUGGCUGAUGAAGCAACAGUCUAUUACGGGGAUGCUAUUGACCAGUUGACACUUGGUCGAGAUGCACUAAAACAGUUAUUCGGCAAAUGUGGUCUCCCAUUAGUUGCUUGGCAAAUUGAUCCAUUCGGUCAUUCACGUGAUCAUUCUGAUUUACUCCAAGAGGCUGGUUUCGACGGCGUCUACUUUCAACGUAUGGACUAUCGUGAGAAGUCGGCACGUAAACGAUUUAAAGAAUUAGAAGUUCUGUGGGAUACAGGUGUAGAAAUGAAUGAAACAGGUUAUGGCCUAUUCACAAGUAUGUUUCAUGAUUCAUAUUGUUAUCCAAAAUCAUUCUGUUUUGAUGAUAAGUGUCUUGAUGAACCGAUCAAAGAUGAUCCAACACUUGAAGGUUAUAAUGUCAAGUCACGAGUGGAUGAAUUUUUAAAUUAUGUCAAUACAAUAUCGAAAGCUUUUAAAACAAAUCAUGUAAUGGUUUUGAUGGGUUGUGAUUUUACCUAUGAAAAUGCUAAUAUCAAUUAUAAAAAUAUGGAUAAAUUAAUUGCAUACACAAAUCAACGUCAAAAAUCAAGUGGAAGUCGAGUAAAUCUAUUGUAUUCAACACCAGCUUGUUAUACAAAAGCAGUGAAUGAAGAAUUCAAUCAAAUAGGUGAAAUUAAUCGACGUGGUGGAGAUUUCUUCCCAUAUGCAAGUGGUCCACACUCAUACUGGACCGGUUAUUAUACAAGUAGGCCAGCAUUAAAGUAUUAUGUACGUCAAGCUUCAAAUUUACUGUCAAUGUGUGAACAGGUGCAUUUACACGUGAAUCGACUAUCCGAUAGUGGUGAUUAUCAAAAACAAAUCACAACAGAUGAAUUAAUUGAUGCAUUACGAAAAACACUCGGCGUUUUACAACAUCACGAUGCUGUCGCCGGUACAGAAAAACAACAUGUUGCUGAUGAUUAUGCGUGGAGAGUUUCAAAGGCUACAAAAUUUUGUCAACUCUUAAUUAGUCAGUCAUUAACUAAGCUCUUGCCGACAUUGAAAUCAUUUAUUCAAAAUGAUACUGUUAUCUUUUGUAAUCUACUAAAUAUUAGUUUAUGUGAACCAUUAGAAGGUUAUAGACCGUAUUUAAGGCAGUCGAAUGAUGGAGGUGUAUUCAUAAUUUUAUAUAAUCCUUUAGCAUGGAUAAAGCCCUCUACAUGGUUGCGUUUACCACUAUAUAUUCCGGAAGAACAUAUAAAUAAUGUUCAGAUAAUAUUGAAAGAUUUACGGCUGAUAUCACCACAUUCAUCUGAAUCAUUAAUGAGCAUUGAUGAAAACCUGAAAUAUCAAUUAAUACCAAUUACUGGACGAACAUUAAGUAUACCUGAAAGAAAUAGUGAAAAACAUUCAACAAAUUAUGAAAUAAUAUUCAAUGUGAAAUCUUUAUCACCAAUGGGAUUUAAUUUAUUAUAUUUAGCUGUCAAUACAUCUACUUAUAAUCAAGAAUAUGACAGUAGUAGUACUAAUAGUAAUAGUGCCUACAGAAACUUAGCACUGGAAAGCAAUCAGCAGUCUACAAAUUCUGAUGAAACAUCACAAUCAUCAAUAUCUAAAGGAAUACAAUUUAGUGUACAUGUUAUAAACGACACAGAUAGGCAACAAUACGACAAUCCAUUAAGGAUAACAAUGAAACAUUUACGAACUGGUAAAACAAUGAAUUUAUCUGUUGAAUUAAUGUAUUAUUUUGGUGAAAAUUCGCAUCCUCAGCCUUCUGGAGCAUAUAUAUUUUUACCGAAAUACGGUACUUAUAUACAGGCGUUUCAUAUACCCACAGUAAAUAUUAUAGAUGGACAUUGCGUUAAAGAAUAUCAUUUACAGUAUGCUUCAUGGGCAUCCCUAGUUGUACGUCAUUAUAAUAAUGAUGAAUUGGAAGUUGAAUGGACCGCUGGACCAAUACCAGAUGAUGGAUAUAUAAACAGUCGUGAAUUAGUUAUACGCUAUACAAUCAACGAUGUAUUAGUUAACAAUUCAGGAGAAUUUUUCACUGAUUCCUCUGGUAGACGUUUAAUAAGACGAUUACGUAACAAAAGAGUUGACUGGAAUCUUCCAGUGAAUUUCACUGAAACUGAAAACGUUGCCGGCAACUACUAUCCUGUAAUAAAUAGAAUUAUGUUGAAAAAUAUUUUAAUGAAUGAUGGUGAUGCAACAAUACCCUUUGGAUUGGCUGUUUACACUGAUCGCGCUGAGGGCGGGACAAGUUUACACGAUGGACAAAUAGAGAUUAUGCUACAUCGUCGCCUAAUGCGUGAUGAUGGUUUCGGUGUUGGUGAACCAUUGAUGGAAAGUGGUUCAGACAGGAGAGGUUUGAUAGUCCGAGGUGUACACCGAAUAAGAUUCGAUGAACUGAAGAUUAUUGAAUCAGAGGAUAGAAUAAUGGCUCAUACUGUAAGCAGACCAAUUAUCCCAUUAUUUAUGUCAGCUAAACACCAACCGAAACCAACACAAGUCAAUGGUUGGAGUGGUAUCAAUAUUGCCUUACCAAAGCAUAUUCAUUUACUCACUUUAACUUCAUGGCCGUUGAACAGAGCCAGUCUACCUGAUCCUAGAGUACCGAAUCAAAUUCUAAUUCGAUUAGAAAAUUUAGAACAACCGAAUAAUAAUCAAACCAUUAAACCAUGUCGUAUAGAUGUCACCAAUCUAAUCAAGGAUGUAGUAAUAACUGGAAUGAAAGAAAUGACUUUGACAGCUGACCAACUGAAAGCUGAGGCUAUUUCAAAUAGAUUAAAAUGGCCUAAUGAAGCCAAUUUAUACAAUAAUCAAAACCUAGUAGCUACUGAACACAAAUGUAACACGAUUGACAAUACUAAUAAUGCAGAUGGUGUAAUAUUAAAGGUUGAACCGGGUAGAAUCGCAACUUAUAUUCUAGAUUAUAUAAUUGCCGAUUAUAAAAGAAACUAUUAUUAUGGUUCAUUUUUUAACUAA